UCUUUACAUCACACCAGCUACAUAACAGACCACCGCUUUACACAGAUCAACGCCUGAAUUAAGAGAGUAGAAUUUCCUUUUGAAAGAGAAGGAAAACCCUUGACAAAGAACUUUACUUUUCAAAUUUCCAAUCAAGACAAGAGGACACCUAAGGAUGGGAUCUGCUGGGGUACAGAUUGUAUGUGUGGCCCUUGGGAUCCUGGGCCUGAUCGGGGGCAUUGUGUGCUGUGCCAUCCCUAGGUGGAAAGUGUCAUCAUUUACAGGACAGAACAUCGUAACGGCACAGGAAACUGAAGAGGGCCUGUGGAUGACCUGUGUGGUGCAGAGUACUGGCCAGCAGCAGUGUAAGAGCUAUGAGUCCCUGCUGGUCCUGCCAUCUGACCUGCAGGCGGCCCGUGCCAUGACCAUCAUCAGCUGCAUGGUCACCUCCCUGGCCAUCCUCAUCUUGUUCGCCGGCGCCGACUUCACCACCUGCGUGGAGAAUGAGGACAUCAAGCCCAAGAUCAGCCUUGUGGCCGGGAUCGCUCUGUUGGUGUCUGGCCUCCUCCUCAUGAUCCCUGUCAGCUGGUCCGCCCACAACGUCAUCAGCAACUUCUACAACCCCCUUGUGGCCCAGAAGAUGGAGCUGGGAACCUGUAUCUUUAUUGGCUGGGCUGCUGGGGUGCUGCUGAUUCUGGCUGGAGGCCUGCUCAUGUGCUUCAGCAGAGCCAAAUCUGGCAGCUCAGGAGGAACCGCCAAGUACUACGGCAACAGCGCUUCAGCCCCCGCCGCCAACAAGAACUACGUCUAGUGCAUGUAUUACACCUCUGUAUGUUUGUAUGUGUGUAGAGAGAUAGUUUGAUGUAUUACACCUCUGUAUGUUUGUAUGUGUGUAGAGAGAUAGUUUGAUGUAUUACACCUCUGUAUGUUUGUAUGUGUGUAGAGAGAUAGUUUGAUGUAUUACACCUCUGUAUGUUUGUAUGUGUGUAGAGAGAUAGUUUGAUGUAUUACACCUCUGUAUGUUUGUAUGUGUGUAGAGAGAUAGUUUGAUGUAUUAC